AUGACGGUGACGGUAAUAGUAACAAUAACAGUGACGAUAACACUGUCACUGACGGUGAUGGUAAUGGUAACAGUAACGGUAAUGGUGAUGAUAAUGUUGUUGGUGACAAUAACGGUAACAAUAAUGAUGAAGGUAACGGUGACGAGAACGAUGAUGAAAACGGUGAAGGUAACAGUGAUGGUAUCAGUCACGGAAAAAGGUACCAGUAACAAUAAUGGUGAUGGUAACAGUAAUAGUGACGGUAACGGUGAUGGUGAUGGUGACGAUCACAGUCACGGUAACGGUGGUGGUAAUGGUGAUAGUGAUGGUAAUAGUGACGGUGAUAGUAAAAGUGAAAAUAACGAUAAAGGUAACGGUAACGGUGACGGUGACGGUAACCAUAUCGAUAACGGUGAUGGUACUAGUAUCGGUAACGAUGAUAGUAACGGUGAUGGUAGCAGUAUAGGUAACGGUAAUGGUAAUGGUGAUGAUAAUGAUAACGGUAAUGGUGAUGGUGACGGUAACAAUAUCAGUAACGAUGACGAUAAGGUGACGGUAACGGUGACGGUAACGAUGACGGUAAAGGUAACGGUAACAUUAUCGACAACUGUGACUGUAACGGUGACGAUAAUGGUGACAGUAACGGUGACGGUAAGGAUAUCGGUAACAGUAAUGGGUGAUGGUGAUGGUAACGAUAAUGAUGACAAUAAUGGCAUCGCAGACGAUAACGGUAAUGGUAACGAUAGCGGUAAUAGUAAAGGUGACAGUAACGGUAAUAGUAAUAGUAACGGUAACGGUAAUGGUAAUAGUGACGAUAAUGGAGAUGGUCAUGGUAAUGGUGAUGGUAAUAGUAAUGGUGAUGGUAACGGUGAUAGUAACGAUAAUAGUGAUGAAAAUAGUAACGGUGACGGUAAUGGUAAUAGUAAAAAUAACAGUAAUGGUAACGAUAACAACCACGAUUAUAGUUACAAUGACGAUGACGGUGACGGUAACGGUAAUGGUAACGAUGAUGAUAACGCUGUCAAUGACAGUAAUGGUAACGGUGACGCUAAUGGUGGAGGUAACGGUGAUGAUAAUGGUAAUGAAAAUGGUGAAGGUAAUGGUGACAGUAAUAGUGAUGGUAACGGUGAGGGUAAUGGUUAUGGUAAAGGUACCGAUAUCGGUAACGAUGAUGGUAACAGUGACAGUAACGAUGACUGUAAUGGUAACGGUGAGUGUAACGGUAACGGUAACAGUGACGGUAAUGGUGAUGAUUAUGGUGAAGGUCAUGAUAACGGUCAUGGUAAUGGUGACAGUGACGGUAGUGGUGAUGGUAACAAUAAAGGUGACGUUGACGGUAAGAGUAAUAGUAACGAUACUAAUAACAAUCAUGGUGACAGUAUUAGUGUCUGUAACGGUGAUAGUAAUAGUAUCGAUAACAGUGACGGUGACGGUGACAGUGAUGGUAAUGGUAAUGGUGACUGUAACGAUAACGGUAACGGUGACGGUAACGAUGACAAUGACGAUGAUGGUAAUGGUGAUGAUUACGGUGAUGGUCACGAUAACGGUCAUGGUAAUGGUGACAGUGACGGUAGUGGUGAUGGUAAAGGUAAAGGUGACGGUGACGGUAACGGUAAUAGUAACGGUAUCGAUAACAGUCACGGUGACAGUAUUAGUGUCUGUAAUGGUGAUAGUAAUAGUAUCGGUAACAGUGAUGGUGACGGUAACGGUUACGAUAACUGUAAUGGUGACAUUAACAGUAUCGGUAACAGUGAUGGUGACGAUAACCGUGAUGGAACUGUGACGAUAACAGAAUCAAUAACGAUGACGAUAUCGGUGACGAUAACGAUGAUGGCAUUGAUAAAUAUAACAGUAAUGGUAUCGGUGAUGAUAACAGUGAUGGUGACGGUAAUGGCAACAGUAACGGUAACGAUAACGGUGACGGUAACGAAAACGGGUAAUAGUGACGAUAAUGGUGACGAAAAUUGUGACGGUGACAAUAACGGUGACGGUAACAAUAACGAUAAUGGUAACGGUACCGUUGAUGUUAACGGUGACAGUAAUUGUGAUAGUCACGAUGACGAUGAUGGUAAUAGUGCUAGUGAUGGUAACGGUGAUGGUGACGGUAAUGGUAACAUAGACGGUAACGGAGACAAUGACGGUAACAGAGACGGUAACGGAGACUAUGAUGGUAAACGUGACGGUAACGGUUAUGGUAAUAGUUACAGUGAUGGUAACAAUUAUGAUGACAGUAAUGAUUACGGUGAUGAUCACAAUAACGGUGACAGUGACGGUGACUGUGAUGGUAACGGCAUUGUAGACGGUAAUGGUCAUGGUGACGAUGACUAUUAUGGUAAAGCUGAUAGUAACUAUAACGGUAACAAUAACAGUAAUAGUGACGACAACCGUAACAACAAUGGUAACGGUAACGGUGAUGGUAACUGUGACGUUGACGAUAAUAGUGACGACAACGGUGACAGUAAAAGUAACAGUGACGGUAAGGGUAACGAUGAUGGUAACAACAACGGUAAGGGUGACAAUAAUGGUUACGAUGACAGAAAUGGUGACGGUAAGGGUGAUGAUCGCGGUAACAGUAACGGUAACGGUAAGGGUAACGCUAACGAUGACUAUAACGAUGAUAGUAAUAGUGACGGUAUCGGUAAUGGUGAUUAUAACGGUGAUAGUGACGAUGAAGGUGAUUGUAAUGGUAACAGUGAUAGUAAUGGUGACGGUAACGUUGACAAUGAUGGUUAUAGUGAUGGUAAUGAUAAUGGUGAUGGUAAUAGUCAUGGUAUCAAUAACAGUCACAGUAAUGGUAGCGGUAACGUUGACGGUAAUGGUUACAGUGACGGUAAUGGUAACGGUAAUGAAAACGAUGAUGGUAAUGGUAACAAAAACGAUGAUGGUGACAGUACCGGUAACGGUGAUAAUAAUGGUGAUGAAAACGAUGACGGUAAAGGUGACGACGGCAGUAACGGUUACGAUAACAGUGAUGGUAAUGGUUACAGUGACGGUGAUGCUAACAAUGAUGGUAAAGGUAACAGUAACAGUGAUGGUAACAGUGACAGUUACAGUAAUGGUGAUGGUAACGGUGACGGUGAUGGUUACGAUAAUGGUGACGAUAACGAUGAUGGAAAUGGUGAUGGUGAUGGUGAUGGUAACCAUGGUUGUAAUAGUAACAGUGACGGUGACGGUGACGAUAACACAAACGGUAACAAUGACGGUUACGGUCACGAUGAUGGUAAAGGUGACGGUAAUGAUAACGGUGACAGUAAGAAUAACGAAAACAAUAAUGGUAACGAUGACGGUAACAAGAACGAUAAUGUUAAUGGUAACGAUGAAAGAAAUGGUAACUCUAAUUGUAACAUAAUGAUAAGGGUGACAGUUACAGUAAUGGUAAAGGUAACAAUAACGAUGAUGAUAACCGUAACGGUAAUGGUAACAGUGACAAUAAUGGUGAUGGUAAUGGUAAUAGUGAUUGUAACAGUGACGUUGACGGUAAUAGUGAUGGUUACGGUGACAGUAACGGUAAUAGUGUCACUAACAGUAACAGUGAUGGUAAAGGUAACUGUAACGAUAAGGGUAACAGUAAUGAUAUUGGUGACAAUAACGGUCAUAAUGAUGGUAACGGUGACAGUGAUGCUAAUGGUAUUGGUAAUGGUAACAGUGACGAUAACAAUAACGGUAAUGGUGACGAUAAUGGCGACGACAAUGGUGAUGGUAACAGUUAAAUAUGACAGUAAUGAUGACGUUAACGGUAACAGUGAUGGUAACGGUGAUAGUGACAGUAACAGUAAUGGUGAUGGUAAUAGUGACGAUAAUGGUUAUGGUGAUGGUAACGAUAACGAUAACAGUGAUGGUAAUAGUAACAGUAACAGUAACUUUAACCAUAAGGGUCAUGGUAACGGUAACAGUAAGGGUGACGGUGAUAGUGAAGGUGAUUGUAAUGGUAACAAUGAUAGUAAUGGUGACGGUAACGGUGAUGGUUACAGUGACGAUAAUGAUAAUGGUGACGGUAACGGUCAUGGUAUCAAUAAUAGUCACAGCAAUGGUAGUAGUAACAUUGACAGUAAUGGUUACAGUGACGGUAAAGGUAAUGGUAACGGUAACGAAAACGGUGACAGUAAUGGUAACGGUGACGGUAAUGGUAACGGUGAUAAUAACGGUGACGGUGAUAAUAACGGUGACGGUAAAGGUCACAGUGGUGGUAACUGUUACGAUAACAGUGACGAUAACAGUUACGAUGAUGGUGAUGGUAUCAAUGAUAGUAACGGUUAUAGUAAUAGUGACGCUAAUGGUGAUGGUAACGGUGACGGUUACAGUAAUGGUGACGAUGAUGGUAACGGUCAUGGUCUUACUAAUGGUGAUGAUAACAGUGAUGGUAACGGUGAUGUAAUAGUGACAGUAACAGUUACGAUGACGGUGGUAGGAAUGGUGACGAUAACACAAACAGUAACGAUGACGAUUAUGGUCACGAUGACGGUAACGGUAACGGUAAUGAUAACGGUGGCAGUAAGAAUAACGAUAACAAUAACGGUAACAGUGACGAUGACGGUAACAGAAACGAUAACGGGUGAUGGUUACGGUGAUGGUAACGGUAACGUUGACAGUAAUGGUAAAGGUAACAGUAACGAUGACGAUAACCAUAACGAUAAUAGUGACAAUAACGGUGACGUUAAUGGUAACGAUGAUUGUAACAGUGACGGUAAUAGUGACGUUGAUGGUAACAGUGACGGUUACAGUGACAGUACCGGUAAAAUUGUCGCCAACGGUAAUAGUGACGGUAACUAUGACGGUAACGGUAACUGUAACGAUGAGGGUAAUAGCAAUGGUAAUGUUGACAAUAACGGUUAUGAUGACGGUAACAGUGAUGGCAACGGUAACAGUGAUGGCAAUAGUAACGGUAACGGUGACGACAAUGGUGAUAGUAACGGUAAUGGUUAA